CGCACAGGCACUCACGCCCUGCAUCACCGACGAAAUGUAUCGUUACAUGAGCAUGAAGCAGAACGAUGAGGCCAAGGCUGUCGUAGAGGAAUUCCAGAAGUUCUUCCUUGUCGAGGAGACCUAUGAGCUCGACGACGACGAAGACGAGUCUGAAAGCAACACGACGAUGGCCGACGACGGCGGUCACCGUCGUCGAAAGCGCGCCUGGACUCACUCGUCCUGCAGCGACUGGGGCCACUCGACCUACUACAACAUCAUCCAGUCGAGCUCGCAGUUCAACAGCGACAAGUCGUCGCACAACCGCCGCCGGCACUGCCUCGCCUACAAGUACAUCGGCGUGUCGAAGGCAAACGCGAAGAUGUACGGCGGUAUGUUCGCCGGCCGACACUCGUCAAACGGUCGCUACAAGCUGUUCACGAAGCUCGUCGGCAGAGCGCAGCUGUUCAGCAAGACGUUCGACGUCGGCACGAUACUCAGCUACCGCAUCAAGAGCUCGUCCGGCUCGAUCACACAGCGCAACUACAUGGUCAUCGCCGGCAAGUCGCUGCUCGACAGCAAGAGCACGUCGUGCACGACCCGCACGUGGGCCUACGAGCACAACUUCUACAUCCCGAUCUACAAGAUCAACAUCUGGGUGGCAAGCAUCGACGUCGGCGCGCAGAUCCGUCCGCGAUUUGAGAUGAACUUCAUCUGCACGUCGUCUAGCAAUACGGUCAUCACCAAGGUGCAGCCGAAGGCGAUUCUGAGGGUUGGCGCCUCCGCCCAGGCGUCUCUCGCUAAACUUGUCCGUGGUGGGCUCACAAUUGGAAUCAACCUAAACUUCUACGUAGAGACGGUCACUGAGAGCGUUCCAUGCAUCGCUGGUUACUAUGGCUACGAUCCCAUGAGCAUCAGUAUUGAGGCGUGGUACCAGUUCCGCUCAAAGGUCAAGGUUCAAUUCUGGCCUCCCAAGAUCAAGUGGACGUGGGGCAAGCGAUACACGUGGCGUCCGUCAUCAUUGAAGUGGAAAAUAACUAGCGGUUACCGUCGCUCCUGGCUCAGUCGGCGAUGCGACGGUUCCACACCGUUAGGGCCGCUACUAACGAACGCCGCCAAGAAGAACUGCGUGGAUUAUUCUCUGGUUAACGAAUAAGGAGGCGCCCGUUCGUGACAUGAGAAAUUUCAGCGCGUGUCGAUUUCAUUGACUUGGAAAUUUUGAGAUUAACAAAAACAAUUCUUAUCAAGUUUUUAAAAUGUUUAUUGAUAUGAUGACUAUGCGAACUAAACAUAGACGUAUCUAUUAUAUAUGAAAGUAUGCUUAUUUACAUAUAUUAUGUGAAAGGUUCGUAUCUUUUUAGAUGUAUAUAUAUAUA